ACAAAUAACUUUCCCUACAGGAGUAUGAAGCUGUUCUACAAGGAAGAUAUCACAGAUGUUGCCAAACUUCAGGGUUACCGUUUCUGGGGCAGCAACCACACCUUUGCCAAUGGAAGUGUUGUUUCCGGCAAUGAAUGUUAUUGUGUCAAACACACUUGUGCCCCCACAGGUCUUGUGAAUGCAGAGUCAUGUCGUAUGGGUGCUCCAGCCUUCGUAUCCUUUCCGCACUUCCUUAAUGCUGACCCAUUCUUGCUGGAUGGUGUCAGUGGGCUGGACCCCCAAGAAGGCAAACAUUCCUUUAUCAUUGAUAUUGUACCGGAACUCGGGGUGCCCAUGAAGGUGGCAGCCAGGCUACAGAUCAACUUACGUGUACUACCUUACCCACAGCAUGGUAAAUUUCAUAUAGAUGAGAUUGACAUACUGAAAUCGGUUCCUGAUGUGUACCUACCAAUGUUGUGGUUUGAAAUUCUGGCAGAUAUCACACAAGAUCAAGCAGGUCAGCUGAACACCCUUGUUUAUAUCCUUCAGUCACCCAUCCUCAACACAAUCAUCUGGUGUGUUCUGCUCUCUCUUGCACUACUGACACUGGUACUGGUGUUAGUUGUCCACUACUGGCGAAACCGAAAUCGGUACAACAUGGUGAACUCCACACAGUAAUGCCUAUCACUUUAUAUUGGCUAUGCCAAGAGAGAGAUUUUAUACUACCUGAGUGAACUUUAAAGAACAUCCACUAUUAUCAUAGUUCUCCAGUGCUAAUAUUACAAACACUGAAAUAGCCAUGUUUAUUACUCAAGAAUAAUGUUUCUAAUAUGUUGAGCCCCUUGUUAUCUAAGACAUGAUCUGAAGUUUAUAAUGUGAGUUUUGGUUGAAGAAACUCUGUGGCCUCAUAAGUUACAUAAGUUAGAGGAAACUAAACUACUGUAUCUGAAAACUUCAUGAUAUGGUCAGAAGAAAGCCAUUUGAUAAAGCUAGACUACUUUGUCACCAAACUUGUUGUCUGUGCAGUUUGUAAUUUUUUUUAUUGAAAGCAUCAUCAAAGUAUUACUUUUUAUAAUGAUGAUCUAACUUGUGUACAGUACAGUAUUAUUUUUUUAACACAUUUCCCUAUUACCAGCCUGCAAUGUAGAAGGAAAGGAUUUACAAUGAGAGAUUUAUUCUUUAUACAGGUUGUACCUCUCUAGUCCGGCAACCUCGGGACCUGACCGGUGCCGGACCAUGGAAAUUCACCCUUUUCUUGGAUAGAUAGUGACUUGUGCUUAUGCCUGGAAGCACUAGCACCACUU